CGCGGCUGCAGGAAGCGGCGGAGCGCGGCCGGGCAGCGCCGGUGCAGCGAUCGCGGGGUCCCGGGGGGGCUCGGCGGCGACGCCCGGGGAACUCCCCGCCGGGAAAGGGGAGCGGGCGGGCCGCGGGUCAUUGCCGUGAGGGGAGCGCCGGUGCCGCCUCCGCGGGCGGCCUGACAUGAGCUCAUCGGCGGCGGCGGCGGCAUGGCCUGCGCCCGGAGGGACGGCGAGGCGGACGGCGAGCCCGACCGCUCCCUGCGGCACAUGCUGCGGGCGAUAGCGGAGGAGCGGAGCCGCGCCGGCCUCCGGCACGACAUCAGCGGCCUCGGGUGUUUCAAAGAUGACCGUAUUGUGUUCUGGACUUGGAUGUUUUCGACAUAUUUCAUGGAGAAAUGGGCACCCCGUCAGGAUGACAUGCUCUUCUACGUCCGUCGGAAACUGUCCUAUGUCACUGGGGAGACUACAGAGGGUAAAAAGCAGGUUGAAGUUGAAGUUUACCGGAGAGAUUCAAAGAAGCUUCCUGGCCUGGGAGAUCCUGACAUUGACUGGGAGGAGAGUGUCUACUUGAACCUCAUCCUGCAGAAGCUGGAUUAUGUGGUGACCUGUGCUGUGUGCACACGCUCCGAUGGAGGAGAUAUUCAUAUUCACAAAAAGAAAUCUCAGCAAGUGUUUGCGUCUCCGAGCAAACACCCAAUGGACAGUAAAGGAGAGGAGUCAAAGAUCAGCUACCCCAAUAUAUUCUUCAUGAUUGACAGUUUUGAAGAGGUUUUCAGUGACAUGACUGUGGGAGAAGGAGAAAUGGUCUGUGUGGAGCUGGUGGCCAGUGAUAAAAGCAACACCUUCCAAGGGGUGAUUUUCCAGGGGUCCAUCCGCUAUGAAGCACUCAAGAAGGUCUAUGACAACAGGGUGAGUGUUGCAGCUAAGAUGGCUCAAAGAAUGUCUUUUGGCUUUUAUAAAUACAACAACAUGGAGUUUGUCCGAAUGAAAGGACCGCAGGGAAAAGGACAUGCGGAAAUGGCAGUGAGUAGAGUUUCCACUGGUGACACUUCACCGUAUGGAACAGAAGAGGAUUCAAACCCAGACUCCCCAGUGCAUGAGAGAGUCACUUCUUUCAGCACACCACCAACCCCAGAACGCAACAACCGCCCAUCCUUCUUCUCCCCAUCCCUCAAGAGAAAAGUGCCCCGAAAUCGAAUUGCUGAGAUGAAAAAGUCCCAUUCAGCAAAUGACAGUGAGGAGUUCUUCAGAGAUGAUGAUGGUGGAGAUCUGCACAACGCGACCAAUCUGCGCUCGCGGUCCCUGUCUGGAACAGGACGCUCGCUGGUGGGCUCGUGGCUGAAGCUGAACAGAACAGAUGAAAACUUUCUACUCUAUGCACACUUAACAUACAUCACUUUGCCAUUGCAUCGAAUUUUAACAGAUAUCCUGGAAGUGCGGCAGAAACCAAUCCUGAUGACAUAGCAGAGAGCGGGCACUGCCUUGGAGCCUUGUUGCCAAGUGCCUAUCCACAGCGGUUUUCCGUGCUAACACUACCAUCUAGUGUCAGGAACAUAGACCUCCGCAGGAAAAAGGGAAGUCCAGGAAUACCAGCCGAUCAAAAGUGCCUCUUUCUUCCUUCCUCUGCUGUCACACACCGAAUGCCCACAUCGCUGGAGUGUUUCUGACCGGAAAAGGACUUUCAGCAAGAUAAAACRAGAAGGGGCUGUGUUUAAACCAAGUCAACACUUUAUGGACAGUUUGCUACUGUGUUUACUUUAUAACUAAGAAGCCAACAAUAUGUACAGAAUGUGUUAAACUUUAUAUUCUUUGGGAGAAACAUUGUGAGAAUUUCAUAAUGACCUGCUAUUGGACAUUGUUCCAUAGGCUCUGGCCAUACCCUCUCCUUGUCUGAUUGGCUCUGUGUGUGUGUGUGUGUGUGUGUGUGUGUGUGUGUAACGGAGCAGGGAGAGAGCACCUUCCUGCUAAGGAAAGGAAAAAGUUCCAUUGACAUUUUGGUAUGUGCAGCAGGUCAGGUCAGAGCUUAAAAGAGGCUGAAAAUGUUCUCAUUUUUCAUGUGUCAGUGUUAGGACAGGUGAACUCUGCUGACAGAUUUCCGUAUCUACCAAAGAACAGCAACAUUUUCAUCCUCAAGAACUGGCUAGGAAAUUGAGCCAGGGAAAAGAAGGCUAAAAUGUGCUGCUACAGUAAAGCCGAGGUUCAUCUCUAGUACUAAUGCUGCUUAUMUUUCUCUCAGCUGAAUCAAUACCAGUUUGAGUCUAAAGUGAAAAAACAGGAGGCCAUAAUUGGUCUCCAAAGGCCUAAAACCUUACUAGAACCAACAUCCUCCUGCAUGCGCUGGACUUGUGCGUUUGUAGAGUCAUCCUUGUGGUCCCCUUGUAGCCAAGGAGGGCACGGGAGCUGCUUUGUGAUUUGGGCAGCUUGCCUGGAUUCUCCAGCUCUGGUUGUUACAUGCUGAAGCACAGAGAGCUUUCGUGAAAUACAAAAGAUGGAAACGUAAUUCUGUUCUGAAAAGUGACUAAAAAUUGCGUAGUGAGAGRUCUGAAAAUGAUGUGUCAGGAGCUCUCAGGAAAACAGCCUUAUGUUUACACAUGACGUGCAGCUCUCUCUAAACGGCAGAACUGCUGUCCUUGACAUUUGAAAACAAAACAAGUGAAUGCWGAUUACUGUGCUCUGGCUGUUUUGAUGUGAGAGCCAAUACAUACUUGGGUUUAUUUAGGACCRCAGUGGGAGGGAUGGUGUGUCCCUUGGGGCAUGUAAGACUCCAGMACACAGACAGGGAGAGCAAAGAUGCCAUUUUUGUCACUUUUCAGACUCGAAACAUCCAAACCUGUUGCUGUGGCAUGUGCUCUGAGCCUGGACCUUUGUCUCUCUCAUACCUGGUCUUUCCCAAGUGCUUUGUUGUUACUCUCACAGUAGUAUCCAAUGACUUAACCUCUCAAAUAGGACUUUCUGCUUUUUUUCCUCAGGCUAGAUUCCAUGGAAAUAGCUCCACUUCASCAUAAAGGCAGACCAAAUUUGUCAUUGAGCCCAGCCUGAUGUCUCCAGCAUGGUAAGGAGGUCUGUCUGUAUUUGAGGCCAGGCCUGGAAGCUGUCACCUUAGCACAGUGUGUGUGGCAGCCUUUCUUCCACCGGCAGCAUGAGUGUAUGACAGGGACAGCUGACCAGUCUUCAGUUGGCUUCAAAUGUGUUGCAAGGCAUUAGAAAAAUGCCUUUGUCAUUACCAGCACAGCCACUUUUCAUGCUGCAACCUUGGAAUGUUGCCUGGGGGCUSUGUGCAUGUGAGGGUGUUUCCACCAUCUAAACUGUGGAAUACUCACUCAGCAGCUGAAGUGCCCUCUCAAGGAACUUGCCAGGUAGCCUGGGUGGGCACCUGAGAUCUGCAGGUGCUGUGCCUGGCAUCAGUCAGUACAAAUAUUCUCUCUUUGCCCAUGCUGAGGAUUAAACCACUCCUCAGCUAGAAAACAAGCCUCUCAAUGUGCUCCUUAUUCUGUGGUUCUUAGUGCUGGACUGGGCAAAUCAGUGCUUGGUUUUCCUUUAAGUAUUCAUUGGGAAGGGAAGGGAAGGGAAGGGAGAGAGGAUUCACAUUUGUACUGAUCAUGACAAUUGAUACCUUUUCAGUCAGGCAGCCAGAGGAACAAUGUAAAAAGGAAGUGUAUCCAGAUAGGAAGCCCAGUGGUAGGUGCCUGAACACUUCUCAGUGGAUAGGAAUUUGUAAUGCUCUCUUGGUGUUGUGUGUUAUGUUUAGGUGGCUUAAUUUUGUGUGAUUUGUAAGACUGAGAAAAUCUUGCUGUGUAAGAUUUCAGAGCAAAUGAGGAAUGAUUCUAAGCUAGUGCAUUAGUUUAAAAGCAGUGCUAWGGAAGGUACAGUUCAGAUCCUACAUCUGUUUUUCAGGAGAUGUUGUCUGCUUUGUUACAUGUAUGUGGGUGGAUUUUGGUGUCUAGUGUUUGAAGGGCUGUAAAGUCCUAAAAGAAGUAAAUUUAUUUCUUGUAUCUUGCUUGUGGGAUAUGUUAUAGAUACCUUGAAGACUCACCUUUUCUAGUAGAAAAGGACUACAAGUAUGCCCUCAUGGACAUCCAUGGAAAAUAGAGGUCAAAAAGUCUACUGAAUGUCAAUAGUACUUUUUGGAAGCAAAGAUGUGCCAGAUUCUCAGUCAUUCCUUCUCUAAAACAGCUGUCUUGGACUUCUUAUGUGUAGCCAGUGGUUCCUGCUUUCUGUUAUCAAAUUCCACAUUUUGUUUUGCUUUUAAACAAACACUGAAAAUUGUAAUUUGUUGUCCUUGUGUGGACAGAUUGACAGGGAAUUUGAUCGAAGUUUUGUUUGGGUCAGAAUGGCACAGCUGGACUCUUAGCAUGCUAUUGCACUACACCAAAAAAGAAAAGGGAAUGUUAAUAAGCACUUCUCACCCUAUUAAUUUGGAGGGGGUUUAAUUCUGUAGCUCCUAAGCAGUAAACUGAAGUAGUUGCUGCAGAUGGAGCUGGUGUGUCCUGCAGUGCCAUGAAGGCUCUUUGGCUGCCAGUGUCCUAACGGUUGGAGCACAGUGGGUUUCAUUAGUUAUGCUGAUGUUUGAAGAUGCAGCACAGUUAACAAAUUUGGGAAACUCUGCAAAACAGCUUUAUUUGUUUUUGGAAUGUCACCAUACCUCAUUGCUCCGUUAACUCUUUCCAUCCUUCUGUCCAUUCACUCCCUCUGGAGAUCAAGGCUUACCACUCAAGCUCUUCAUUGAUGUUGUAUAUUGGUACAUGUCAGAUACAAGGAUGUGAAUAAUUUCACCCAUAACAAGUUUUUCACUGCUCUCAGUUGAACCAGCAUAAAGAGAUUUUUUUAAAGAAAGCUCUUAAAUCAAUUAUUAUGUGUUAGUUGAUUAUUGCUCUGCCUYAGAGACCACCAUGUAUGUGAAAUUAUGUUCUCUUACUGCCAGCCAGGACAAGGUGGAUUCCRAAUUUCCUUUUAAAAGAAGUUGCUUUUAGAAAUGUUUUGAGUCUUUCAGCUGUCUUGGCUAAUGCAGUUUGUGUAGGUCCCUGUUCCUUUUCUUUUUAUGCUCCUGGUYGUCAUUAUUUGCAAGGCUUGGGCAUAUUGGGCUCUGGAUUGCUGUUACUUGGUUUUCUAUUUCUGGGUAUGGUGUGCUCUCCAGAAAAGGAGAAUUGUUUGCACAGCUGGCUUUUCACAGCCAGUAAUAUGUUUUUUCCCAAAAUAUGUUCAUAAUKUAGACAGGGAAGUCCUUGGCUCUGCAGACAGAUUUCUUCCAGCAGACCUUUGUUCAGAAUCCCAUCUGGUCACUUAAGUUCUGUAUGGAUGUGGAGUCCAGGGAAAUGGACUGCACUCUUAGACUAUUGACCUGCUUCUUGCCCAUCAUUAAUUUUUCCCUUUCAAGAUGAUUGCUUGUAUAUUUUGUAGUCUGAAGCUUCCAUAUUAAAGACAGAURUAAGAUAAAAUCUUCAGAAGUGCCUAAGCCCUGUUGUUACCCAGUGGGGUUUAAGAACAAAUUUUUAUUUAGGAAAAUAAUUUAUUAAUCUUAAAUUCUAUAUGUGUUGUGUGUAGCAGCAUCAAGAAAUGUCAAGUUUAUAGUCCUAGGAAGAACAACGUGUCUCUUAUGGACUCACCCUUUGUGUUUGAAAGACUCUCAUGGUUUCCAAAGGUCAUGGCUGAAAGUUCUGGAAAAUGGAUUUCCUUUGGUCACAGCAAUCAGAUGUCUGCAAAUGCCUUACCAUGUUCUGCGGUGUAAGACUGAGUGUGUGGUGCUGGUGUAUAGAAAUUCUGUGUCAAAAAGAAGUGUGGUAGAAUCCAGUUACAGGCAUUGUGAAGUACAUGGCUUUUAUACCAAACCUUAAGCAAAAGAGUAUUUUACACCAGAAUGUAGCUGUUUGGAUACUUGGUCCAGAUAAUACAAGUCUGCAAGCAGGUUGCAAUGUUGAACGUUCUCUGUGUAAAUAUAUAAAUAUUCUCAGCCUAAUUUUAUCAGCCUAACACAUGUUGCAUGGUUUGGGUUUUAUUUGCCUCAUCAAUCAUCAGUGUUGCUUAAACGGUGAUGGGUUGAAAAUCGUGCUGGCACUGUACUGAGCCAUUUGAACAAAGAGCGAGGAGAACGUUGUGCACCAAAAAUUGAGUUGACUUUGCUUAUGGCAGCAGUGAAGAAAGUGUUGGACCCUGCAGCCAAUAAACAGACCUCUUUAAUGACCAUGA